AUGUCCGCCUCCAGACGCACGGGCCACCCGGCCCUUCGCCGGCCAUUGAGCAGCAACCGACCGCCUGCAUCCAUCCUCACUCCCUCUAUCUCUCCAGGACAUGUUGCCAACCGGCCUGCGAAUCUCUGGCUGUCUACUCCUCAAGAACUAGUGCUGCUACGUGCCGGAUACGCCCCUGCCUACACGUCCAAGACUCAGAACGACGACGAUCCCAACACUGCUGCGUCCACUUCGUCCAGGUCUAAGAAAAAGAAGGAUCCCAAGACACCCGGCAAGAUGGCGGAGCCUCGUGCUCGUGCCGCGAGGCAUAAGGGCCAGAUGAAUUUCUCCUCUGAGCUACGCCUCCUCCUCCUCGCCUACGGCGACCCCAGCCCCCACCCGUCCUACCCAACAGAGCCCCUCCCCGAAACAGUCCGCGUGCUCGACGAAAUAGUCACAGACUUCAUCCUCGAAGUCUGCCACGGCGCUGCGCAGGCAGCGCACCACGCGCGCCGACAGAAGAUCAAAGUUGACGAUUUCCGGUUCGCAUUGCGCCGCGAUCCCAACAAGCUUGGUCGUGUGCAGGAGCUGUUGCGGAUGGAGCGCGAGUUGAAGGAGGCGCGGAAGGCGUUUGAUCAGAAUGAUGACCAGGUUGCUAAGGGAGCGGCUGGUAAGAAAGGCGCUGAUUUGGUGGCGGCGGAGGAUCUGGAUGCCCCUGCUGGUGCUGGGGCGGAGGGGCCGGGGAAGAAGGGGAAGGGGAAGGGGAAGAGGGCUGCUGCUGCACGGAGGGGGUCGGAUGCUACUGAGGAGUCGGUUUCGAAGAAGAGAAAGACCCUUCCUUGA